AUGAGCCGAGUUGCUCAGGACUCAGCCGCCAUCGCGCACGAGAUCUACACGGACCUGGUGGAAGAUGCCUGCCUGGGCCUCUGCUUCGAAGUCCACCGGGCGGUCAAGUGCGGCUACUUCUUCCUGGAUGACACGGACCCCGACAGCAUGAAGGACUUCGAGAUCGUGGACCAGCCCGGUGUGGACAUCUUCGGGCAGGUCUACAACCAGUGGAAGAACAAGGAAUGCGUGUGCCCCAACUGCAGCCGCAGCAUCGCCGCCUCCCGCUUCGCCCCCCACCUGGAGAAGUGCCUGGGCAUGGGCCGCAACAGCAGCCGCAUUGCCAACCGGAGGAUCGCAAGCAGCAACAACAUGAACAAGUCGGAGAGCGACCAGGAGGACAACGACGACAUCAACGACAACGACUGGUCCUACGGCUCCGAGAAGAAAGCAAAGAAGAGGAAAUCGGAUAAGGCGAGAUCGGCGAACCCCGAUCCCUUCAAGUACAGCAACUCGGCGGGAAUCAACUAUGAGACACUGGGUCCCGAGGAGCUGCGGACGCUGCUCACCACGCAAUGUGGGGUCAUCUCUGAGCACACCAAGAAGAUGUGUACCAGAUCCCUGCGAUGUCCCCAGCACACAGAUGAGCAACGGAGAUCGGUCCGGGUUUACCUCCUUGGUCCCUCUGCGUCCCUGCCCGAGGCGGAGGGCAGCGUGGAGAACGACAGCUUCGAGGUGGCGGAGAGCCAGGCCAUCAUGAGCCGGCUGCAGUGGGACGGCUCCUCCGACAUCUCGCCCUCCGACUCAGCCUCCUCGAAAGCCAGUACAAACAACUCCGAGUCCCGCAAGACCAAGAAGAAGAAGCCCCACUUGGGGCUGGUGAGCGGCGCCCCGGGGCUUGCCUCCAGCAAGAAGAAGAAGCCCAAACCCCCUGCGCCCCACACCCCCAGCAUCUACGACGACAUCAACUGAGCCCAGCAGAGCUGAUGGUGGGGGGGACGGACGGACAGACGGACACAGGCCGGGGCAGCCCCUCCCGCCCCGGCUGGGGCAGCCCCGCGAUUCGGACACAAAGCGGGUACCCGGGGCGCGGAGGAUGGAGGACUUGGCCAUCGCUGCAGGGGGUGGGGUGGGGGUGGGGGGCUGGACUUGGGACCCCCCAUUAGUGCCCCCCUUCCUUCCACCCCCCCCACCCCGGUGCCUCUAUUUAUUCUGUGACAUAGUUUUUGUACGUGGGGCUCCCAUCAGGGUUCUGAGGGAGCUUCUCACUUGGAGAUGGGGGCACAACCCGCGCUUCCUUUCCCACUGCCCACCCAAAAACCAGCUGCGCCCCCCUCCCACACGCGCUCCUCCAGACCACCCUUACCCCAGCGGGGUGGGGGGCACCCAGGCCCCCAGGGCAGGUCCAAACCUGGGUGAUGGAGGUGCAGAUCCCUCCUGCCCCAGGGGUUUGGGGUCACCCCCCAACCUGGGGCUGCUCCCCGUCUCCAUGCCCCGGGCUGGCACUCGCUGGUCGGGCUGGCUCAGGAUGGGGGUGAGCAUGGUGGAGGGGGCUUUUUCCUGCUCAGAGGAGCCAAGUGGGACUCCCAUACACCCCCAAUCUGCUGUAAGCAGCUGGAUUUGGCUGCUGGACGUGUUUGGGGCCUGGCACUGCCUGCACAGGGCUUGCCUGGGUCAGGGCUGGGGGGGGUCUGCAUGCUGCAUCCUUCACAUUUGGGGCUGUUUGUGGGGGACACCCUGGGCUACGUCCCCAGCUCGGUGCAGGGGGAGCUGCUGUGACCUUCCCUGCUCCAAACUGGCCUCUGUGUGGGGAGGGGGGACCCCAACCUGCCAGGGACAUGCCGUGUACCUGGCAGGGCUGGGAAAUGCACCGUACCUCCACAGCCAGAGUGUGACCUGGGGGGGGGGGGACACAGCCCAGCUUGGAGGCAAAGCCCCCCCCUACUUCGUAUCCCCAGGCUGCUGGCCCAGGACAGCUCUGCGUCCCCAUCCCCACGUGCCUGGGGACCUGCUGCUGCAGUCGGGGGGGUCCUUUGGGACCCCCCAAUAGCUCUGGCUGGUGUUUGUACCCCCAUGGACUCCAGUCUUUGGCUGGGGGGGGUGGCCAGGACCAGCGCCCCGCUGUGCGGGCCUGGGGAGGACAGGUCCCUCUGGCCAGAUCCAGGUCUCCCACAGCCCACUGAUAAC